AUGGAGCAGUCGUUAACCGGAUCGAACCACCCGAUAUUAAGCGGUACGACGGCCAACCAUAUUAGCCGGAACCAACAAACGGCGGAGGAGCCGCGGCGCCGGCCCUGGAGGCUUAAUAUCAGGAACGAGUCGAACAGCUGCGUCAGGGGCGGUAAUUGCAGCAGUAAGCAAAAAGUCGACACAAACGUCUUCCCCGACCCGCCGUCCUGCCCACCGCCGCCGGAAUGGAUCCGUAAGCAGGCCGAGGCGGGAAACCCGGCUUGGAUAUCGGCCAUAUUUGCCCCGUUACCCAUUAAACGUACGCGGUUAUGGAAGGUGCUUAAACGGCAAAUUUUGAAAAUUAAGGACAGGAUGGGUUUGGAGCAGCAAAAAAAGCAGCAGCAGCGGUCGGGCGGCGACGGCAGUCCAAAAGUCCUGGUCACGAAACAGGCCCCUGUCGUGGUUGGGCAUUAUGGUCAAAUCGUUGCGCCGCCGUAUUCGAGCCCGAAACCGUGUUCGAAUAUUUAUUCGACCGGGUCUGGGAUGGGUAUUAUCGGUUCCGAGGGUCGUGUUUCGGUGGCGGGGACGUAUUUACCGCGGUUUAGUGGUUUGUGGGGAUGGAGCAACCAAAAUAAUACGAUAUAA